UAACCUAGUUCAACUUAAUCAAGGGGGAAACAAGGUAAGAAAUGUUUGGAUUCAUGACUAUCCAUAAAUUACCUUAAAAGGAAAGAUAUCUAACAAUUUAAAGAGUCCAACCAAAAGAUUUAAGACAAAGAUAAAAAAACAAACAAAAGUCAAACACAUGUUUAGUCUGUAGAAGAAGAAAUCAUUGAUCUUCAUAAAUUCCAAAAUUUGCGAAAUCAAUCAUAUAGAAGAGACAACAAUUAGUUUGGAAUUAAGCAAAAAAAAAAAAAAAAUGGAUCAUAUUUAUCGUCAAUGGCUAAAGAGGUUUUCAUUUAAGAACGCAACAAUAGCUCUGACUAUCGUCAACGUGCUCAUCUUCCUCUACCUCCUUCGCGACCUUUUCACUUCAUCAUCAUCAUCUUCUUCUUCCUCUCACCGAAUCAUUUCAGCUCAGCUUCGGUAUAUCAAGGAAGCCCGAGAGAUUAGGCUUGCCAUGCAACCUUUGGAGCUCAUCAAAAGAGUCAAAGAAAUACAACAGGAGGCAUCUACAGGACAUGAAACAGAUGUAAAGCAGAACACAGAAGCCGUCGAUCUGUCUAAACGGCGUAAAGCUUUCCUCCCCACAAACGAGGAAUCAAGCUUGAAAGCAUUGGAAGAAUGGCGAAAGCGGAAAAUGGAACGAGCAAGACAACGGGACCUUGAGAAAACCGGUGGUGUUUCAUCAUCCAAAACAUCAUAAAGCCACUACUAACUCUCAACUAUCAGAUUUGUAACAUUAUUACCAAAAAAAAGAAAAGAAGAUAUCAGAUUAUCAUGGCGUCUGCUAUAUAAAACUAUGUAAACAUUACAAAGUCUCAGAAAAUAUUCAUAUUACUAUUAUAAA